AGGGAGGUGGCUGACACUUAUAGCCCCGGUUAUCGAUAUCGCGAUAACAAAGGGUCCGGUCCUGCAACCCAGUCAUCCGGUCAGGUGUGAACAAUGAAGGUGCCAGGCUGGCCAGCCGGUGGAUCCGGCCAUGGGGUGGGCCCAAGUUUUUGUUACUCGAUGGGAUUAUUAGGUUCGAUCCCCGUGGGUCUGCGGCGCCGCAAGACAAUGCCUGCCCAGCUUAUCGGCGCGGACAUUUAAAGUCCUUAUCGCAGCCUGGCUCAUCGUCCUCUCGUUUCUUCGCUUCUUAUCAGACAUCUCAUCCCUUGCCUCUCGCCGUGGUGGAGCCUUUCCUGUUCGGUCUCUGUCUUAUCUCUCGUUGCCUCUUAACUUUGGCCGUCAGCUUCUUUUUGCCCACCCCCGGGUUCCUUUCCUCUGUAGCUUUGUCCUUCGUUGCAUCCCCGGAUCUUUUAGCGCCCAAUCCUUCUGGCCUUUCAUCAUGGAGGCUUCUCAGAUACCAUCCAUUGCGGUCAUCGCCUCGUCACGCGCCGUUAUCUCCGGCCGUUUGACGUCCGCCACCAUCGUGGUCUCCCGCACCACCGGCAAGAUCACCGCGGUCUUCGAUGUGGUGAUUCCGGCGUCUGACUUCCCUGCUGGCACCCCCUAUACUGAUUACUCUCCCCACGUUCUGCUCCCCGGUCUGGUGGACGCCCAUGUCCACCUGAACGAGCCGGGCCGUACCGAAUGGGAGGGCUUUUACACCGGUACCCAGGCCGCCGCCUUCGGUGGUGUCACCACUGUCAUUGACAUGCCCCUGAAUGCUAUCCCCCCCACCACCACAGUGGCAAACUUCAAGGAGAAACUCCGUGCUGCUCAAGGGAAGUGCUGGGUUGACGUUGGCUUCUAUGGUGGCAUCAUUCCCGGCAAUGCUGGCGAUCUGAAAGCCCUGGUCCAGGAAGGUGUUCGUGGUUUCAAGGGCUUUCUCAUCGAUAGUGGGGUUGACGAAUUCCCCGCUGUGUCAUCGGAAGACAUCCGAAAGGCCAUGGCUGAACUGGCUGAUGAGCCCACAACCCUCAUGUUCCACGCGGAAAUGCUGCCACCCUCCACUGGGUCCGUGGAGAAGGACGAAGCGCUCGAAGGCCCCCCUGAGGCAUAUUCAACCUUCCUAGCCUCUCGUCCGUCCUCAUUUGAGACAUGUGCCGUGGAUGAGAUCAUCUCGCUGUCUCACCUGGCUCCCAAGCUCCCUCUGCACAUUGUCCAUCUGUCCGCCAUGGAGGCUAUCCCUCUUUUGCGCAAGGCCCGCGCGGACGGGGUUCCUAUCACCGCGGAAACCUGCUACCACUACCUAUCCCUGGCUGCAGAGGAGAUCCGGGAUGGAGACACCCGCCACAAGUGCUGCCCACCCAUCCGUUCCCAGCUGAAUCAGGACUCUCUUUGGGAGGAACUGGAACGUCAUGCGGAAGACGCUUCCUUUCCGCCUGGGGCGGUAUCUCGUCCGUCGGCCUUGGCCUCCCAAUCCUGUGGACGGAGCUUAGUCGUCGGAAAGCUCUGAAAACUGCCGACGAAACCAUCACCCAACAGGCCCUCCAGGACGUUGUACGACUGUGCUGCACCAACACCGCUGCUCAAGUGGGCCUGGA